AUGCACUUGGGAUGGGAGAAAACUUUCGAAAAGAUUUACGAGCACUACUGGUUCGAAGGCAUGUCGAAAUAUGUGAGGAAAUUUAUGGACAACUGCAUCAUAUGUAAAGUAGCGAAGCCCCACCCGGGCAAAGUUCAUGCAGAACUGCACCCGAUUCCCAAGUUCAAUAUCCCGUGGCACACAAUCCAUAUUGACGCUUCUGGUAAAUUAUCUGGGAAGAACGACAUCAAGGAGUACGUGUUUGUCAUAUUAGAUGCGUUUACCAAAUUUGUGCUACUUCGUCAUUCGCUAAACAUCGACACAAAUAGUAGUAUUCGUGCUAUUAAUUUCUGUAUAGCUCUGUUUGGUGCACCGAAACGCAUAAUAGCAGAUCAGGGUCGUUGUUUCGCUAGCAAAGAUUUUUCUAGUUUCUGCACUUCUAAUAACAUAGAGUUGCACUUGAUAGCUGCUGGAGGCAGUCGUGCAAAUGGUCAGGUCGAGAGGGUAAUGAGUACGCUUAAGAGUAUGUUAACAGCGGUAGAGGCUAGUCGUGACCGCUCUUGGCAGGACGCAUUAGGAGAGGUUCAGCUGGCUAUGAACUCUACUGUUAAUAGGGUGACUAAAUAUAGCCCUCUAGAGUUGAUGAUAGGAAGGGUAGCACGACCGCUUAGUUUAGUGACCGCUGAUGAUGAUGAUGUGACUGAAGUUAACUUGGAUGAGAUCAGAGAGCACGCGACACAGAAUAUAAAAAAAGAUGCCAAUUAUGAUAAAAAUCGAUUUGACCGAAAUAAGGCUCGGGUUUGUAAGUUAGCUAUCAAUGAUUACGUUUUAAUUGAAAAUGAGGAGAGGAAUCAAACGAAAUUAGAUCCCAAGUUUAAAGGUCCUUUUAAGAUUAUCGAUGUGUUAGAUGGGGAUAGAUACCUACUAAAAGCGCUUGACUCUAAGCGAACCUACAAAUACCCCCAUGAUCGUGUGAGGAAGGUCCCCGAUCACCAAGUUCCUCGAGAAUUAGACGUCAUAGUUGAUGACAGUGAUAGUGAAACCAAAUCUAAUUAA